CAGCGGCGGAGCAAGGAGGCCUCAGCAGAACCGCAGCCAUGGUCGCCAGAGUCGCUCUCCUCCUCGCCCUCGUCGCCGCCGCCAGCGGAAACCCCGCCGCGGGGAAGCCAUGGCACUGGAAGUCCCCGAAGCCCCUCGUCGACGCCCGCGGACCCGCACCCAAUGGUGGCAGCAGAAUCGUGGGCGGCACUGAGGCCGUUCCUCACUCGUGGCCUCACCAGGCGGCUCUCUUCAUUGACGACAUGUACUUCUGCGGCGGUUCCCUCAUCUCCAGCGAGUGGGUCCUCACGGCCGCUCACUGCAUGGACGGUGCCGGCUUCGUCGAGGUAGUGCUGGGCGCCCACAACAUUCGCGAGAACGAAGCCAGCCAGGUCUCCAUUGUCUCCACCGACUUCUUCACUCACGAGAACUGGAACUCUUGGCUCCUCACCAACGACCUUGCCCUCAUUAGGCUGCCCAACGCCGUUGAGUUUAAUGACAACAUUUCCACUGUCAAGCUCCCUGCCUCUGACGUGGCCGUGGGAACCACCGUCACCCCCUCAGGAUGGGGCCGCCCCUCUGACAGUGCCAGCGGUAUCUCCAACGUCCUUCGUCAAGUGGACGUCCCCAUCAUGACCAACGCCGACUGUGACGCCGUGUACGGCAUCGUCGGCAACGGCGUCAUCUGCAUUGAUUCCGAAGGCGGCAAGGGAACAUGCAACGGUGAUUCCGGCGGCCCCCUCAACCUGAACGGCAUGACCUACGGCAUCACCUCCUUCGGUUCCUCCGCCGGAUGUGAGGCUGGCUACCCUGACGCCUUCACCCGCGUGAACUACUACCUGGACUGGAUCGAACAGAAGACCGGCGUCACUCCCUGAACAGACCUUGGAAACACGAACCUUUAGCAUUCUGCUUCGAACUAUGUCACCUGAGUUUGGAGUUUAGGAACUGAUCAGGUUUUGUACAGAUUCAUAUGUACAAUCAAAUACAAUAGAAGUAAAACCAA